AUGACUACCAGAAAGGACUCCGGGGAGAUCAAUCCCCACGUUGAGAGCACCGAUGCUGGACUCGACCAUCUCAAGAACGUGAAUCUUCACGAUAAGGCCCUUGCCAAUGAAGCUCUUGAGGCUACAGCCGAUGAGCACAGCUACACCGUCUGGCAAGGCUUCAAGACGUACAAGCGUGCUGCCUUUUGGUCCAUUGUCAUCUCAACAACAGUCAUUAUGGAGGGCUACGACGUCACCCUCCUGGGCUCCUUCUACGGCUACCCUCGAUUCCGAGAGAAGUACGGUGCCUAUCUCGACGAGGAUAAUGAUUACCAGAUCUCAGCCAACUGGCAGCAGCGCUUCAACUGUCUCGGUGCUCUGGCCAACAUCAUCGGCGCCAUGCUGAACGGCUGGGCGACUUCUAGAUGGGGACACCGCGUGGUGCUUAUCAGCGGUCUUUUCUGGCUAACUGCUUUUAUCUUCCUCGUCUUCUUCGCUCCCACCAUCGAGGUCCUGCUCGUUGGUCAGUUCCUGUGCAACAUCCCCUGGGGUAUCUUCGCCACGACCGGCCCGGCCUACGCCGCCGAGGUGACGCCUCUGGCCAUCCGAGGAUAUCUCACUGCCUACGUCAACCUCUGCUGGUGCAUCGGACAGUUCAUCUCAGCCGGUGUUCUCAAGGGCCUUGUCAAUAACCCUACCCAGUGGGGUUACAGAAUCCCCUUUGCGAUCCAAUGGAUCUGGCCUAUCCCUCUAGCCAUCGCAGCAUAUCUUGCCCCCGAGUCGCCGUGGCAUCUUGUCCGCACGAACCAACUUGAGAAGGCAAAGGAAUCCCUCGAGCGACUUUCCAACCCGGAGCACAACAUCAAUUACGACAAUGCCGUUGCUCUCAUGGUCCAUACCAACAAGCUUGAGAUCGAAGAGCGAUCCGGCACCUCGUACUGGGACUGUUUCCGCGGCAGCAACCUUCGCCGUACUGAGAUCGCUUGUGUCGGCUUCCUUUCACAGAUCACCAACGGAGGUGCCCUUUGUUACAGCGGAUCUUUCUUCUUCCAGCAGACUGGCAUCGGUCCCAGUGCCGCAUACGGCAUUGCCCUAGGCGGAACCGGUAUUGCCUUCAUGGGCACCAUCAUCUCAUGGUUUUACAUUUAUAAGUUCGGUCGACGAACCAUCUGGCUCACAGGUUUCUCGCUACUCGUUGCGAUCCUCUGGCUGAUUGGCUUCCUUGCUUUGCCCAAACAGACACUGGGGCUGGCCUGGGCGCAAUCGAUCCUUUGUGUGGUUUGGCUCGGAGCCUACUCCAUGUCUGUCGGACCCAUCAUCUACACCAUCGUUGCUGAAAUUGGAUCGACUCGUCUGCGUACCCAGACUGUUGUGCUGGCGCGUUCGACGUACUAUGUCGGUAACAUUAUUUGCGGAGGUCUCCUACAGCCAGAGAUGCUGUCGCCUGGAUCAUGGAACCUGAAGGGCAAGACUGCUUUCUUCUGGGCAGUUCUCGCCACAUUGACUCUCAUCUGGGGCUAUUUCCGUCUAUUUGAGACAAAGGAUCGAACCUUUGGUGAGAUGGACUACAUGUUCCAAAAGGGAAUUUCAGCACGAAAGUCCUCCAAAUACCACAUUAACGAGGAGGAGGUCUUUAUGGCGCACGAGAAGCCUGAGGCCGAGAAGCAUUAA